CAACCACAAGCCCCCAUUUCCCAUUUUGACUUUCAUUUCAUCUUUCUCAGUUGUUGAUCCAGAGAAGAGAAGAAAAAUGUCUUCAUGGGAAAAGCCAAUAAUACGACCUCAUCAAAGGCGUAAGACACCAUCGUUUUCUUCCUCUUUAUUGGAAGCUAUUUAUCAUUCAAUUGACGAAUCCAAAGAAGAAGAAAAACAUGAACAAGUCCCAAAUAAAAAGAGCAACAAUGAAGAAGAAAUCGUGAGCCUUCGACGUGCAAUAUUGAUUGAGAAAUGGAUGGAAAGUUACAAAUAUACACAAAGUUCAGGACACUUCAGUUCAGAUUCAAGUUCAUCAACAGAGUCAAGCAUGUUUUCUUCUUCAGAAACAGAGUCAAGAUCCAUCAAUACAUUGCCAAGACCAACAAGACAAGUUCGAAGAUCAGACAAGGUUGUUACAUUCUCUACAGAUACAGAUACAGAUACAACAACAACUCCAAAAUGUGAAGGAGGAGGAAGGUUCAUGAGAACAAAAUCAAGAGCAUUGAAGAUGGUGAAACAACCUAUUUCACCAGGUGGGAAAAUAGCAAACUUUUUAAAUUCGAUAUUCAAUUCGAGAAACAUGAAGAAAAAUCAUCAUGAAGAUUGGAGGAAAUCAAGAUCAGUGAAUGACUCAACUACAUCUUCUUGCUUGAACAAAACCCCUUCUUCGACUUCGACAAGUAAUAAAUCGAAAAGGUCAGUGAGAUUUUGCCCUGUUACUGUAAUUGUUGAUGAACAUUGUGGUCACAAAAGCAUAUACAAGAAUGAAGAACCAAAGCAUCAAUACAGAGGAUUUUACAAAGACGAAGACGAAGAUGAAGAUGAUGGUAGGAGUUGUGCAAGUUCUGAUCUUUUUGAACUUGAGAACAUAGGCAUGAUUGGUCAUGUUCAUGCAACUAGAGAUGGUUUGCCUGUGUAUGGAACUACUAGUUUUAAAAUGAAUCAAGCUAUUGCUAGGGGUUUAGUUAUGUGAUCAUCUACAUUUCAUUAGAGAUCAUCAAUGUAAAACACUUCAAAAUUUGAGUGAUUAGUUUGUCUUCUUCUACUA